UCUAGCUGUCUGGAGUUGGCUAAUCAGUUCGGUUGACGCGUUCAGCGAGUUUAGUUGCUAGCUGAUAGAAGAAGCUGCAUUAGAGCACGAAUUUUAUCCUCGUGAUAGUGAAUGUGUAAAGAACCCCCCUUUUAACAAACGAUCUUUAACCCCAGAAUUCAAGCAAUAGUUUAUUCAUAGGAGUUGAUCGACAAUUUCUGUCUUUAGAAAUCUACAAUUAUUUGGAUUAUUAUCGGUAUAUUCUCCCCCGGAUUUUUGUAAGCUUUAAGCUGAUCAUGCUAUCAAGAUUGACAAUACCAAUAAUUCUGCUAUUUAUUAUAGACAUACUAUCAAAAACUAAUGCUUGUGAUUUGGAUCAAAUGCAAUAUGGAUGUCGUAUCUAUAAUGCACAAUGCAGAUGCGGUUAUGGUUGUUCUUCUGAAUACAGAUAUAAUAGUAACGAAGAUUGUAAAGAAGCAUUAAGAGGUAAGCGUAGCGAUAUAUGUUAUCGAACAAAACCUUGUUUAAAUGGAGGAUCAUGCUUACAAAUAUCAUCAGAACCUGGAUUUAAAUGUCGCUGUGAAGGAACUGGUUAUUAUGGAUCACACUGUGAUAAACCUUGUCCAGGUCCAAAUAAUCAACGUUUCCGAGGACUCUUUCCUUAUGAAUGUGUUGUGAUCUAAUUCAACUUGUCUUUUUUUAAUCUAUUAAAUACAUUUAGCAUGUUAAGUACAAAAAAUAAACAUAUUUUGCAAAAAUUUA